GUGCAGCUCGAAAAAAUUGUUCCAAGAUUGGCGUACGUGGGAUUUUCUGCAACAACCGGGAAUUCAUUCGAAAUACAAAGAAUUCUCAACUGGAAUUUCAGGUCCGUGGUGUUGCCGGAGUCUUCUCUGAAUUUGUCCCCGGUGGGAACACCGCUAGGAUCCAACGGCGGGGUCAAAGUCGGCGUUUUGGUGGGCUCAAUUAUGGUCGGACUGGUUACGGUUGGAUUAAUAACCUCGUGGUUUGCGGUUAAGAGAUUGAAAAGGAAAAACCAGGCUACUAUAACUCUUGGCCGAGGAAGCUUCGUCGAAGAGCUGGCAAUAAUCCAUAACGCGCCUCAACGAUUCUCGUACAGUCAACUAGCCGCCGCCACCAACAACUUCAGCGAAGCGGAACUUCUAGGAACCGGCGGGUUCGGAAGCGUCUACAGAGGAAACUUCAACGCCGGCGGCAACGAAGACGUGGCGUUGGUGGCGGUGAAGAGAAUUUCCGACAGGUCAAAGCAGGGUGAAAGGGAAUUCAUCUCAGAAAUCAACACCAUCGGCCGCCUCCGCCACCGGAAUCUGGUGCAGCUUCAGGGCUGGUGCCACGAGCGUGACGAGCUUCUUCUGGUUUACGAUUGCAUGCCCAACGGAAGCUUGGACAAGUUUCUUUACGACAGAACCAGGGACCCGGCCUUAAAUUGGUCGCGGCGCCACAGGAUUUUGUGCGGCCUGGCCUCGGCUUUGCUGUACCUGCACGAAGAAUGGGAGCAGAGAGUCAUUCACCGAGACGUGAAGCCCAGCAAUGUAAUGCUCGACCGGAAAUUCAACGCCCGCCUGGGGGACUUUGGUCUGGCCCGGCUUAUCGAGCACGACGAUCAUAAUCCGGGCGUGAUGACACUGCUGGCGGGUACGCCCGGGUACGUUGCGCCCGAGUGCAGCUACACGGGCAAGGCCACCGCAGAAUCAGAUGUGUUCAGUUUUGGGAUCGUGCUUUUGGAGGUGGCCGCGGGUAGGCGAGUGGUGGAGCGCGAGUCCCGAUUGGCUGAACGAAAUUUGGUGGACUGGAUUUGGGGGCUUUACAGCGAGGAGAGAGUUUUGCAGUGUGUGGAUCCCAAAUUGGAAGGGCCUGAUCAUGAUGAAGAGCAGAUAAAAAGAGUAUUGAUCUUGGGUUUAGCGUGCUCGCAUCCUGAUCCACAGUUACGUCCUUCUAUCAGACAAGCCAUCCAAGUGCUCAUGAACCCAGAUGAGGAGCUGCCGCAGCUGCCUCUCACCAGGCCCCUGGCGAUCUAUGUUGCUUUACCAACGGUUCGACCUGCCAGUUCUCAGUUCACCUUGUCUCCAAAUACAAGGGGAGAUGCCGCAUCGUAUGGUCUCAUGGGCGAGAGUAGCAGGGGAUCCAUUACGUCUUCCACGCUACAUAGUGGUAGAUAGAGAGGCACCCAUAGGUUGCCAAAAUUUUACUGUCUUUUCCUUUGUAGUGUUUGUGUAAAAUGUUAUCUAAUCCUGCACAGCACAGUAAGAUCUGGUUGGAAAAUAGGAAGAAAACUUGCAAAAACAGUCAUUUAUUUACAAAUGAAAGAAAUUACAAAAUAUAGAACUUCUGUGAACUGUUGACCUUCAUUAGCCUACAAUAAAACAAGCAACAGCUGCAAUUGUUUGUUAU